UAAUGUAGUACGCACCACUGAAUAAUGUUCUAUUUUAUUUAAUUAUCUUGUUCAAUAUAUAAUCUCAAUGAUCGAACGAUCGAAACAAUAAUUAACAUAUUACACAAUAUUAUGAAGGUUCAAAUAGGUACAGUGUUAAGAGAAAUGUGAAACGAAAAUCAAACAUUCCGGUGUUUAAAAAUCGUAUGUUAACUAAAUGCCACUAUAUUUAGCGUUUAUUGACCGUCUUACGAAAACAAGAACUCAACUUCUGCUACAUCGAUAUUGUGAUCAAAAUGAUAAAUAUAUAAUAGAUAUUAUUACGUAUGGAUCAUUAUAUGGCUGCCGCAGCGGCCGACCGGACGCGAUGGACGGCGCCGUCAAUACUACUGCCGGUUGCUGAACACGGCAAUAUCGGAGGACGGCAUCGCUACAGCCAACGUCACCACUCGCCCGGUGUCUACACUUCACAGAUCCGACGACCGCGAUGGACGCGUUGGCCGUCGCGGCGGUCCUGCUGCUUGCGCUCAGGGCGGCCGUCUGCGUGGACGCGGCCGCGGCCGCCAACGUGGACAUCGGUCGCGGCGUGGACGUGCUCCAGAGGUUCGGCAUCAUCGGAGACGUGCUGUACGGCGACGUGUCCAACACCAAGGAGUCGGUCACUCACGACAUAAUCGACGGGGCCGAUCGUUUCACUGAAGUUUUAAAUGUGACAAAAAACCAUACAAAUCUACUAAACAUCACGUUUUGUCCCGAUUUGGACUGCCUAUUUGACGUAUAUUUUGAUGGCUUUCAAGUUGAUCUAACCGAUAAACCAUGGAAACUGUUGACAACAAGUAGAUCACGACAUAUAGUGUCUGAACGUUUUGGUGUACCUGAUAUAGCAAUGGGAUUCGGACAAAAAUUCGUAAUUGUGUCUUUUAGGCGACCGGUGAAACGUAUUAAAACGUUUGAUAACUUUACACAAGUAGCAGAACUAAAAUCAACAAUAUCCGACAAAUUUAAAUGUAUGUCCAUUGGUAUAGAAUCCAUGGUGACGGAUUUUAUUACAGAGCAUGGAUCACAUUAUAUUGAUGAAUACACAUUAGGAGAUACAGUUUUCCAGGUGUUGGUGUAUCUUCCGGUGUUUUACAACAAGUUCUACAAGUGCGUGCUCAACAACUGUUCGGAAUCAGACACGGUAUUGUUGCUGUCGCCACUGUACACUGAAUACCAGGGACAUGUGAUGAGCGUCGGGUCCAACGCGGUGGAGAAAUGGGUCGACACCAACCUACAGGUCGAGUCCAAGCUGGGCCAGUCGUAUAUCAGCCUAUACGCACUCAAGAACAGACCUGAGCUGUGCAACGAGAUCGUCGCGCUAAUGGACGAGCAGUCGGUGGUCGGGCUGCACUUAAAGGUCGUGUCCACGUUCCUCGCCGAGCCAAUCAAGCGGAAAUGGUUCACCGAGGUGCUGGACAACCAUGUAAAACUCCGCGAAGUUAACCUCUGAACCACCGCCCGGAAAUAAUAAACAAUAAUCCAUUUGUA